CGCGUUCAGGCUGUUUGCGGUCUCCCAACAAGUUGAUCUGAAACGGUUUAAGCGCCUUUGGCCGACUUAUUUCUGUUAACAUGGCAGAAGGACAUUGGCAGGACGCCGAAAUCCAAGAACUUCUCCUCAUACGCGCGGAGAAGCACAUUUGUUGGCAAAUGUCGGGAACCGUGCGCGACGCGGCGGUCUACAAAAGCAUAUCCAGUCUCCUUGCCGAGCGGGGAGUCCGCCGCACCAAAGCCCAAGUUCACAGCAAACUGCGGUGGCUCAAGAAGAAAUUCAACGCAGUGCGCAACCGCUGCCAAAACAGUGAAGGGGAGCGAACCGAGUGGCGGUUUUAUGAUCUGUGCCAUGUGAUUUGGGGAGAUGCCCAGCCUGUAUGCACGUCGGCAAACCCGGCACAUUCAAACACCUGCCCCACACCGGCUCAACAGCGGCCAGCUACUGAGGAGGAGGAAGACGACCAAGAUGGCAAAGACACUUCAGGUUCACGUGGGUCUCCAUCCGAGAUCCGAAUCUCCGUUCCCUCUGCUGACUCGGAACCGGCCCGAGGUCCAGUCAGAUCAACACCUCAGAUAAAUGGUACUUAUGGCUCAGCGAAAAAGAAAAAGACUAACUUGCACCAGGCCAUAGAAGCCAUGACCACUGCCAUCUUCCAUCAGCUGAAGGAAAUGGAUCACAGGUUUCAAGAACGGGAGAACCUGCGAGCCCGUCAAUACAUGAACUUUAAGCGGGAGCAGCGAGAAGCGGAACACAAUACAUUCAAGGCACUUCAGAUGGCCAUGUGCAAAGAGAUGCAAGCCAUGCGGAUGGCUUUUUGUGACCAGGUUUUAGCCAGGCUGCAAACCUCUGCAGCACCCGAGUCACAGUAUGCAGGAUGUAUGCUGGGCACUUGGGGUCCCACAAAAAGGAAAAAGACCAAGAUGCAGCUGGCCACAGAGACCAUGACCGCUGCGAUCUUCCAGCAGCUGAAGGAAAUGGAUAAUAGGUUCCAAGAAAGGGAGGACCUGCGAGUCCGUCAGUAUAUGGACUUUAAGAGGGAACAGCGAGAGACUGAGCAAAAUUCAUUCAAGGCACUUCAGAUAGCCAUGUGCAAAGAGAUGAGAGCUAUGCAGAUGGCUUUCUGUGACAGGCUUCAAGCCAGACUACCAACAACCACAGCAUCAAUGCCCCAGUAUGCAGAACAUUCGUUUGCACAGUUCAUGUCCCCGGAUGACUCUUUUCAGUACCCACACUCAAACUGCCCAAGACCUUAAAAGAAUCACCACACACGCAUUACGGAUGGCUUGGACACUGCCUGUAAAAUGUGCAUGCUCCAAUUGCUAUCUGCUCACAUAGCUCACUUUUAAGUCAUUGGGCCUUGUGCAGUGACUGUUUGUACGAUUCAUAGAUCUGUUUGUAAACUGUGCUUACAAACUAUUUCAGAAAUCUUGUGGCACUAAUUUAGCACUAAGUAAAUAUAAGCCCUACACAUAAAUACUGCAUAAUCAUCAAUCAUUCUAGGAUUUACAAGAUUUCAAAACAUAGUCGAUACACAUUGUAUUAGUACCAUAUUUCCCUGACCAUAAAUUGCUGUUUUUAUACUCGU